AUGGUGCCAGCACCACUACCGCUCCCAACGCGGUUCCCGUGCUGGUGCAGAGCUGUCUAUUCUUGGGGAGGAGAGUCCAAACGCGAUCUCGGAUUCAUCGAAGGCGACUUAAUCGAGUGUCUAAACGCUGGCGAUGGAUCGUGGUGGGUGGGCAGACUCUACCGCGACCGAAGAACAGUCGGCUCUUUUCCGUCCAACUUUGUCGAAGUUCUUCCUUCAGAUUUCCGACCGACGACGAAAUCCGUAAGCCCUCUUGCUGGAAACACGCCCCCGAGCACCGCUCCCACCAAGUCCAAGACGUUCCGAAAGCCCUUUGAAGCAUACGCCAAGGCCCCCCAUUACACAACUGCAAAACAACCCGAGGUCCUUCGAGAGGCGCCCAAAUCCCGAACACGGCAAGACUCGAGCGCCUCCUACGCCCAAAGUACUCACGAGGUUGAGAGAGCUCCUUCACCAGCCCCGCCACACAAUCACGGCUCCAGGGCUCCAUCACCAGCUCCAUCUCAUGGCUAUGGCUCCCGAAACCCUUCACCAGCCCCCCCUCUUAGAUACGGCGGCUCAAGGGGUCCAUCUCCCGCUCCACCUCACGGCUAUGGGUCAAGAGCUCCAUCCCCAGCACCGCACCACGGCUACGGAUCAAGGGCCCCAUCUCCCGCACCACCUCCUGGUCCCUCCCCCGCUCCUCCUCAUGGAUACGGCGCAAGAGGUCCUUCACCAGCUCCACCUCAUGGAUACGGCGCAAGAGCUCAUUCACCUUCUCCCCCUCAUGUGUAUCCUGGUAGAGGUCCCUCGCCAGCCCCUUCAUUUCGCCCUCAGAGCUUCCGCGGAAGCCAGGAACGAUCUGCCUCACCUCCUCCACCUGCGCCGCCGCCCCAUCGGCACGUCACUCGAACAGGAUCCAAUGACUUGCACCGCGGAUCGAUGGAUAUAGUCCGUCAGGGAUCUAACGCUUCAUACCGCUACGACGUUUCAAGGCAAAACUCUCACAACUCUUACAGACCUCCCCCUCCUCCAGCUGCUCCAGUGCGACACGAUUCACGAGCGUCAUUUGACGACAGAAAUUACAUCCCCUACACACCCGGCGCGGUGUCGCCCGCCCCACCUUCCCCAGCUGGAGGGAUGACGCCCUCACCACUCAGAGAAGCAAUGGACGGGGUCAUGGAGCAGUUGGGUCAGUUGGGAGGUCUUAGUAGCUCUCGAAACGAUGAGACUCCGGAUGCCGCUAUUGAUCCUUGGUCCCCAGAAUCAUUUGACAUGGUGUCCCGUGGAUCACAACGCAGAAACCAAGAACGAUCACGGCCGAGAACAUCGUUGGGUAUAGCACAUCCAGACGAAGGUUACGAGACCUGGAGCGGCGAGUCUUCCCAAGAGGUAUCUUACCAGAGCGGCUCUCGUGGUGACGAUAAGUUGAGCAGCUAUGUCGAUCGCAUGGAGAAGCGGUUCCAGCAACUGCACCACAAUAACCCCAAGGUUGAAGACGACGUCCCGCCACCUCCACCUCCUAAAAACCUACCAUUCGAGCGGCCCAAGUCUUCAAUGGGGGGCUCGGUUACAUCUGAACGAAAAUUGCGAUCUCGAAAGUCGGCAUAUGAGAUCGGUCGGGGGAUUGCACGGACAUAUACGACCAAGACCAAUGCCACCAACUCCUCAUCUGGAAACCAAAGCAACACCAGUUCGUCCACCCAGAGUAGUGCACGAACAUUGUGGAGCGGUGCUUCGGCAGGUGCAUUUAGUUCAACCAGCGCUGGAAGCCUUGCUAGAAUCGGGAACCGCGCUCAGAGCGCCCUGGGUAUGCGAGACGUAGACGUGGACAGGCCAGAAACGCCAUUCACAGGCGUCACAUAUCACAGUAGUCACGCUAGCAAUGCCGCUGCCGCUCGGCCACAGCCUCAGACUGGGUUCCAUGAUGAGGGACUGGGAGGAUUGGUUCAGCCAAAGCCUGCCAAGAGGAAUAUAUUCCGCAAGAUUCUUGACACCGCGAAGACUGGCGUGGCCAGCAGCCGAGGCGGCCUCGUGUCCGGUGGUCUUACAGGCUCUGAGUCAACAAGUCGAUCGCCAUUCGCUCGAUCACUACCACCAGGUGCUUCACCCAUGCCUGGAAUGGGCAACUCAACCCACGGGCGAGAUGCUGCGACCGACAUGGGCCUCGGCGCGGGGGUGGACUGGGUCCAAGUGCGUCGCGAUGUCAAUCGAUCCAAUUCUAUCAGCAAGAACGAGCAGAUCGACCGUCGCGAACGCUGUCAAAUGAUGGAUCAUCCUGCACUGAACCCUGUCGAUGAGCUCUAUGAAGCUGUUGAAGGAGAUGAGGGCGCAGAUGGAGAGCCGGUGGAUGAGCCCACCAACUAUCAGAACAUCAACCUCACCCAGGUUGACAAGAACUCACGAUUCGUCAGUGGUCUUCCCAGCACCACAACAGCCGCUACUCUAGCCUCUACUUAUGUCUGCCGACCGUUCCGGAGCGAUGUGCAACGACUACGAGCCAUUUUUACGUGGGUAUCGGAAAAGAUUUGCUGGGAGGAAGACUUUGAAGGAGAAAUUGACACACGCCGCGUGAUUUCUUCCAAGAGAGGUUGUGCUGAAGAGUACGCUGUGCUGGUGUCAGAGAUGUGUGCCGCAGUCGGUAUCCAUUGCGAGAUUGUGCGUGGUUAUCUCAAAUCUCCUGGCGAGGUUGCUGAGAUCAACAUCAUGCCCCGACCAAACCACUGGUGGAACGCCGUCGUGGUGGAUAAUGAAUGGCGCAUGAUAGACUGCUGUGUCGCCAGCCCGUCGUAUCCCCGACGCGGGCUUUACUCGAAUGCAGCAACCACGACAGCUGACCCAUGGUGGUUUCUCACCCGACCGCUCGAGAUCUGCUGGACGCACAUUCCCGAGCACCACAGUCAACAACAUAUCGUGCCUCCAGUGGCCCAUGAGACGCUGCUGAACUUGCCAUGUACCUCGGCCCCCUUCUUCCGCCACGGAUUCGAGAUGGUGGAUUACAACACUUCAUUGAACCGGAUAGAGGAUCUGGAAAUGGUCCACGUCAAGUUCAACGUACCAGCAGAUGUUGAGAUUGCAGCCGAAGUUGAGGUGCGAGGGUACUCGCGAGAUUCUGAUGGUGACUAUUUUGAGAGCGGAGAAGUGGUCAAGAAGCGAGUUCUGGCCCAAGCUGAGUGGUUCAAUGGAAUCAAGCGGUACACCGUCAAGGCCCUCCUGCCGGGGGAUGAGGGUCAGGGCACUCUGAAGGUUUACGCUGGCAAGCGAGGAUUGAUGCACAGUAUCAAGGACAUCCCUCACCCCUUGGCAUUUUCCCUGCCGAUCGUUCACACUGGCGAGAACCCUCCAUACGAAUUUGUGACGAGACACCCUACUCCUCAUGCGCAGCGGCACGACAUCUACGUCGUUCAGCCUCAAUGUCAAAGACUGGCUCUGAACAACACGUUCGUCUUUGCUAUCAGACAACAUCCCAGUUCCUUGGCAAACGGACCGCAGUCAAAUCUAACGCCAUCCUCGAACCCCGGUGGAACAAGCCCCAUUCCCUUUGCUCGUCCGGGGUCUGCCAUGAGCAUCAACGCCUCUAGUGUCGGCGGCUCUCAACCCAGCUCUGCUAGUGGCACGGUGGCAGGAAGAAAGCCUGCAAAGCUCGCGAUUCAAACACCAGGAGGCAAAAUUCUCCGUCUUAUGAGGAAGGAGGACCGCAAAGGUAUCCACGUGGGCAGCAGAUCGUUAACAAUUGGAGACGAUGUCAGCGAUGGAGGCACAUGGGAGACCAUCAUCAAGUGUUCGGAAAAGGGUGUUUGGAGAGGACUUGCCUUCCACGGCCAGGGCCAGCAGGGCCAGCAGCCGGCGAUGCCGUCGCCGGCGGGCAUCAACUCGUCGCCGACGUACAUUGCGAGCAAUGGCGCCAACGGCACCGCCGCGGCAGGAGGGGCAGGAGGAUUCCAGCAGGCGUAUGGGAAUCAGCAGCAGCAGUAUUAUCCGGUUCAGGGGCAGCAGCAGCAGCAGCAGCAGUAUCUCUCCCAGCUGCAGCAACAACAGAUGGCGCAAUUUGGUGGCAUGCCUUACCAGGGCUACGAUGCCACCGCGCAGCCGUUCGUGGGUGGUGGGCAUCACCAGAUGCAUCAACAGGUUGCUGCGUCGCAGUACGUGCCUCCUUCGAAUGUGUGGCAGCAGCAGCAGCAGUCGUCACAGCAGCAAAUGAUGUAUCAGCAGCAUUUCCAGCAGCAGCAACACACGCCGCAGAUGUAUCAGAGGCAUGUCGCGUCGCCGCAACAGCAAAGGACGCAGCAGAUGCCUUCGCCACAGCCCAGGACGCCAUCUUUGCCUCCGCAGCAGGGGUAUCAACUUCCAUCGCAACAGCAGCAGCAUCAUCAGCAAUACCAGCAGCAGCAGUCCAAUCAUCAGAUCCAUCAACAACAGCACCAGCCGCAGCACCAAUCCCAACGAAGCCAGGUGCAACAAGCGAGCCAACGACUUGCCCAGCAGCAGGGACAACAACCUAUGCAACGGCGAGUUAGCCACCAACAGACUCAGCAAACUGUUCAAAAUGUUCAAAUGCCUACUCCUCAGCCCAUGCAGCAACCCGUACACGAAUCCGUUCCAGAACCCGCUCCCGAACCCGUCCCCGAACCCAUUUCCGAACUCAUCCCUGAGCUGGUGCAACAACCACCGUCUCAGCCUAUACAACACUACGUAAACCUACAAGACAUACAACAACUGCCCCCACCUCCGCCCGCCAUGAGUCAGUCUCCGAGCACCCUGAUAGACCAGCCGAUGCUCGAUACCAUCCACGUCCAGCCGUCACAGCUGGAAACCAUAACUGUCAAACCUAUGGAUAUUAUGAUCAACAAGACUCCGCAACCGCAGAAGGCGGGGACGGUCACUCCCCGGAUCAAGCCGAGCCCUCAUUCUUCGGUCACCAACUCUCCAGCCCUCACAGCGCGUUCCCCCAGCAUCACCAAGAAGUCGCCCGCCAUCCCCCCGAAGGCCCGACCCGUCGACACUGUUCAGAUUAUGGUGGCUGUUGCGGAAGAAUGCUUCGACAAGGCGCGAGCUUCGGUGCACGAUGUGGCCAUGCACUUGGAACCCACUCGCGUGGAUGAGUACCAGAACUUGAUCACGACGGGCUUAGCAUGCUUAGAAGCGUCUCUACAAGGUAGCCGACUCUCCCCACGCCAAGAGGCCAGGAUGCGGCUGAGAUAUGCCGCUGUACUCCUCGAGGAGACGGAGAACCUGAUGGAGGCUGAGACGGCGCUCACCAAGGGCAUCACGCUUUGUGACAAGCAUCGCUUGUUCGAUUUGAAGUAUUGCAUGCAGUACAUCAUGCUGAAAGUCUUGUUUCAGCGAAGUCACAAGGCUGCCUUGAACGCCGUUGAUCGUCACAUCUCUGACUGUGAAGCUUUCAAACAUGUCCACUGGGUCUAUGCCUUUAAAUUAUUAAAGGCCACUUUCUACAUGGAAGUCGGACAAACGGCAGACGCGAGCGCCCUCGAGAACAUUCGCUCUAUCCAAGUCAUCGCCAACACGCGCGGCGACAACGCGAUCAGCGCUUUCGCUUCAAUCCUCGAGGGCCUCGCUCUCCUUAAGGCCUCCAAGGAUGGCGGCAACAUCGAAAAGGUUCAAACUUGCAUCGCCCACGCUGCCAAGUUCCAGUUCGAUCCGUCCGUCCAAAUCAUCCAGCUCGACAUGCUCACCCUCCUCCUCGACCUGGCCUCCAGCAUCAACCAGCAAAGCCCCGAAGUCACCUCGCAGAAACUGCGUUCGUUGCAGAAAAGGCUCGAUGAAUGUGGUUCGUGGCACAACGUCAAGGCGGACUUUCUUGUUCCGGUGAAAAAGCAACCGUCGACGGCGCAGACGAUCAGCGGCGAUACGGCGGCCAUCAUCCGGGGAGGGGAUAGCAAUACACCCACAGAUUUCUUGGUUGUCUCAUUCAUGACGAAGAUGGAAUUAACGUCACUUGUGUUCACCUUCAGCGGUUUAACGAAUGUACACAGAACAUCUUCCCACGGUCCAAAGUCGGCCGAAUUUUGGCGGGAAGGCCUCAAGAUUCUCGAUGCCUGGGACACCACAACUACAGGGAUCCGCUACGGCCCGUCUACGUCAUUGCAAGAGGCCAUCAGGCAGCGGGAGUGGCGAACCGAAGCUCAGGCUUACCUCAACAUCCUGCUCGGCCUGCUCGCGGCCAGUCAAUGCCAGUGGGACACGGUCAAGCAAUUUAUGGCGAAACUGGAUGCUCUCAUUACACCAUCUACGCAAAGCAUCCUACGGUUGCUCUCCAUCUAUCUAUCCGGGGUGUACCACCAAGGUACCGGGGACCUCCAGAACGCCAUCUCCGUCUUCCGAAACCCCUUAUUCAACAUCUCGCAACGCGGUACGGGCAUCAAGGCGGCGCACCGGGAGAUGGCUCUGCUCGCAGGCCUAAACCGGCUCUGGAUUAUGCAGCAUCCCGAUCAGCGCGACGACCUGGAAACGCUUGAUCUAAUCGAGGAGCUCCAGCCCUUGUGCUCCAUGCACCCUAACUUCGACCUGCGCACCGCAUGGCAUAAUGUCAUGGCCGCCCUCGUUACUGAUCCUCCGCAGCAGCUGAACCAACGGAAGCAGCACAUUCAGGCUGCCAUGGGCGGUUCCAGGGCCACAAACAAUGUCCUAGGCGCCGCUGUCACGCUGGCUAUUAUGAGAAGCCGGCUAUUCGAGAACGUCAUCGGCGAACAGGCCCUGAAGAGCGCCAUGGCGGCAGCCAAGCAGGCGCAACGCAGUGGCAACGUACUGUGGCAGAGCGUCGCGGAUGGGAUGCUGGCACAGUCGCACGAGGUGCAGGGCCAGCACAUGGAGGCGGCUCGGGAGUGGGACAAGGCGACGAGGGAGGCGAAAGAGGCAUUUUACGGGCGUUGCUGA